AUGGGACAGAUGAGAAAAGCAAGGACCUCGAGGAAGAAAGUUCGAUCGAAGAGACGUGAUAGUAAUUGGAAGAAUCCAGCUUCGUUGGAUGAUAUACUUGCAGCGGCAGAGUCUGCCCAACAGGCAUUUGACAACGAGCAAGCUGCUGACCAGUACUCGAGGGCAGCAUCACUGCUUCGAAAUGGACAUACGAUAGCGUCAGAAACACGAGAAAGUCUUCUGAUUCGAGUCCUCGAGAAGCUUGGAGAAUGUAAAGUGUCUUUAGGACAUCAAUCAGGGGCGAAAGCGGACUUUGAAGAAGCAAUCGCUAUGUUAGAAAACGAACAAGGAGAGAGAAAUAUUCGAUAUCACGAAACCCGCUCUAGUCUUUUCUUCUAUGUUGGCCAGCUUUGUAUGGAAAAAGAAGCAUUACGUGCAUAUCAACAGGGACUGGGAAGUCUGGAAACUUGUGCCAAGCUUGGCGAAAAGCUCAGUUCCGACGACGCGCAAGACAGCCCCGCAAACCCAUUGCAUGAAGUCCGAGCGAAACUCUCUGGAGGAUACUGUACCAUAGCAGAACUAUACCUCACUGAUUUGUGCUUUGAAGAUAAUGCGGAGAGCGAGUGUGAGGCAUGGCUGACUCGAGCUUUGGAAUUACGGGAUAGGGAUGGAGAACCAUUUGUCGAUGUACUUCAAACAAUGGCCAGUCUGCGGCUUUCACAACAAGCAAAACAAUUGGAAAGUGCGGAAUACAUUCUAAGAGCAUUCGAGAAGAUGAAAGUUGGAUGUGAUGCACUAGCUUCCUUAGUGGGUCUCAUGGAAAAUGGGGACAGCACAGCCGUCGCAGAACAAGCGUUGGAGUUAACGAACGUUGAUUCGGUCAACACCCUUCCAGAAUUUGAGUUUCGAUGUCAGACAGCUAAGUUACUCUUGGAGUGCGCUACUUUAGUUCGAGACACACCAGGUCUCACAGAAAGCCAAAAGGCAGCUGAACAACAAUGCGUAUCAGCUGCUGUUUCUGUGUUGGGAAGUCUAUUGGCUCAAAACGACGAGGUUGUGGAAAUCUGGUUUCUAGCAGGCUGUGCUUUUGCCCUGAAGAAUCCUUUAACAGUUGAUGCUGCUACAUAUUAUCUUGAACGUGCGAUGGAAAUGUUGAAGAAGGUUAGAGAAGUUCUUGAAAGCAAUGCCAAGGUCUGUUCUGGUGACCAGCUGACUGAGGUCAAAGAGGAACUUGAAGAGAACAGGAUUCAAAUGGAAGAUGUCCAAGGCAAAAUCGACGAGCUAAUGAGUGUUGAAACUGCAAUGGAAGAAUGA